AGGAGGACAGGAGGGAAAGCAUGCAUCUAUAUUUUUAUGCACCGGCUUUAUCCCCACUUUCCAUGCUCUUGCACAGCUGAUUGAACCUUAGUUUGUAUCCCAGCAUGCUCCAAUGUGUUAUACUGACCAGAACUUCUGUCUGAGUUGUCUGUGAAUUGGCACGUUUUCCUACAGUGGAUUACUCAGAGGCAUCACAUGUGAAUUGAUCUGGGCGCAGGAAACCAUGCGAGCCUUUAUGAUGGAUUUACCUGUCAUCAUUCUGCUCCACCUGACCCUCAUGGAGAUUCAAGCAUCCCUGGCCAGCAGGGUGUCACCGGCAUCUGGAUGCCCCCUCGGCCAGUUCCCAUGUGGAAACAUGAGCGAGUGCCUCCCACAGGCUUUGCAGUGCAAUGGACACCAAGACUGUCCCAACGGAGCUGAUGAGCGGCGCUGUGGAGACAACGCCGGAUGGGCGGACUUGUUUGGUCAAACACUAGAGAAUACCAGUCCAGUGGAGCACUACUUCCUGGAUGAGUGUUUACUGCAGGAGUAUCCAGAGAGUUGUGCCUGCACAAACACAGACGUGGAGUGUGUGGAGGUCAGCCUGCAGGAUGUUCCUUCAAUCUCUCCAAACGUCACCUGGCUGUCACUAAGGAGCAAUGAGAUCCAAGUGUUGUCUGAUUUUGUCUUCUCUGAAUACUCUGCCCUUGAGAGACUAUUCCUCCAAAACAACAGCCUGCAGUUCAUAUCCCAGCACGCCUUCAGUGGUCUGUACAACUUAAAGAGGCUAUUUCUCAGUGAGAACUUGAUAUCCUCACUCAGUCCUGGUGUGUUCAGGGAUCUCCAUCAGCUAGAAUGGCUGAUGUUGGAUCAUAACCCAUUGAGCAUCUUGUCCCAGGAUACUUUCAUUGGACUCCAGUCUCUCAUGUACCUAUCCAUGGUGGAUACUUUAUUGCAACAGCUUCCUCAUCCGAGCUUCUGCCAACACAUGCCUGCCCUGGACUGGCUGGAUCUAGAGGGAAACCAGAUUCAAACUCUCAACUUCUCUAUCUUAAAGACCUGCAGCAAGCUGGAAGUCCUGUUACUGAUGGACAACAGGAUCAGAAAAGUUCCUGAAAACACUUUCCAGUCUCUGUGGAAACUGGCUGAACUGAAUCUUUCCAGUAACCGGAUAAGGGAGCUGCCAAGAAACACCUUUAAGAGCCUCUCUAAGUCGCUCCUGAAACUAAAUAUUUCCCAUAACCCUCUUGUCCACAUUCACCCCAGCCACUUCCGCCACCUGACACAGCUUCAAUCUCUGGCGUUGGAGGGCAUAGAGAUCCCAGAUAUUCAGACCACAAUGUUCCUUCCUAUGAAGAACCUCUCCCACAUUUACUUCAAGACAUUCCAGUACUGCUCAUAUGCUCCUCAUGUCAGGUCCUGUAAGCCCAACACAGAUGGGAUCUCGUCCUUUGAGGACCUGCUGGCUAACAUGGUUCUACGGGUGUCCGUCUGGGUCAUUGCGUUUAUUACCUGCUUUGGAAAUCUUUUAGUCAUUGGUAUGCGGUCGCUGAUCCGAGCUGAGAACAACCUGCACGCUGCCUGCAUAAAAGUCCUCUGCUGCGCAGACUGCCUCAUGGGCGUCUACCUGUUUUUUGUUGGAGUGUUUGAUGUGAAGUUUCGUGGGCAGUACAAUCGUAACGCUCUGCUGUGGAUGGAGAGCGUGGAGUGUCGGACCAUUGGAUUUUUGGCCAUGCUUUCCACAGAGGUGUCUGUUCUCCUCUUGACCUACCUGACUCUGGAGAAGUUUCUGGUCAUUGUUUUCCCCUUCAGCAAUCUGCGUCCAAGCAAACUUCAGACUGGGGUGGUGCUGGCCUCUAUCUGGCUGCUGGGGUUAACUAUCGCUGCCGUGCCUCUCAUGAAUGAAGACGUGUUUGGUAAUUACUACGGCCGUAAUGGUGUGUGCUUCCCCCUGCACUCUGACAGGCAAGAAAAAGCUGCCGCCAAAGGAUAUUCAACAGGGAUUUUUCUGGGUUUGAACAUGGUGGCAUUUCUGGUGAUCGUCCUCUCCUACUCCAGCAUGUUCUACUCCAUCUAUAAAACUGGCAUUAAUGCCACAGACCUGAGAAGCAGACUGCACAGAGAUGUGGCAGUGGCAAACAGGUUUUUCUUCAUAGUGUUCUCUGACGCCCUCUGCUGGAUCCCUAUAUUUUUGGUGAAAGUCCUCUCGUUGUUGGAGGUGGAGAUACCUGGUACCAUCUCCAGCUGGGUCGUCAUCUUCAUUCUCCCCAUCAACAGCGCCUUGAACCCCAUCCUGUACACCUUAACCACCAGUUUCUUCAGAGAGCAGGUAGAACUCUUACUCUGUAGAUGGCAGAGACACACUUUGAAAAAAGAUCGUAAAAGCCUUACCUCCUCCACCAUCUUCAUGGAGACAACACGGGCUCCUUCAUAUCAGCCAUCAUACCUCCAGCAGGUGUCACUGACUUGUCCAGACCCUCGCUACGCCUAAGAAGGGAACUUUUCCCAUUAUGCUAUGGUCCAGGCACCUGCAGCUGGUUAUUCAAAAGGCCUUUAACAGGUUGUAGUAAGCACAGCCUACGUAUGAAACUGUUUAAACUUUAUAUUUCUUCCUCAAACACAGGAUAACCUUUGGAGGACCUUCUCAGUCAUGUAAAUAUGGACACAAGGAGCACCAGAUCAAACCCCCAACCUGAUGACUGGUGGAUAACAAUCUGCACAACUGAGCUAAAGUGAUGCAUAUCAUACUUACAUCUGAGGAUGGUUCUAAGCAUAAAUGCUUUUUGCAAAAAGAAAAAAAAAAGGUCUUGGGCUUUAAAAAAAAAGGCAGCUUUCAAACAUGAAUGUAGUGCUAUGAUUUGAUAAGUGAAUUCAUAUUUAAAAUUCAAGUGCCAAAAUUCUGCUUGUUUCUAUUCAUCUAUAUCAUGUAUUUUUUUAUGUUUUCCAAAAAAUGCAUAGCAUUUAUUAUACACUCCACCCUCCCUCUGUAUUUCUGCUUCUUUGUUGUCUCAUCUUCUCUUCCUGGUUAUUUCUCCCUCCAGUAUUCAUCCAUUUUCCGACCUGAUUAGAUUUCCCUCUCAAAUAUCUCUUUUCAGGGUAUCCCACACAGAGAAAUGUAAAUGACGUGCAAUAAUAGGGUGCAUUUGCAUUUUAGCACAGUUUGAUCAUUCAAAUUAUUCAAAUGCCACAGCCACAGUUUAAUUCAUGAAGCAAGACUAAGAAUAAAGAGUUUAAUGAAAUAUUCAAGGGAUGAUUUUGACACUAAUUAAGUUAUGACAAUUAAAAUAGGUGCAGAUUAAAAUGACAUUACUAACUGGGUCUUUACUUUUGAAGAAAAUCAAAUGAUGUGUAGCUGCCUUGUGGGUUGAAAUUAAUUAAGGCAACAUUAUAAAUACAUAUUUAAGACACUAUGGAUGUUUUUGAGCUUUUGAAAAUCCCUUUAUAAAAAAUGUGUCAUCUAUCAACCAGUGGAAGAGAAGUAUAGGACUAAAAUUAAACCAUUGACAAUCAAAUGUUUUGUAUCAGUUUUGUGUGAUAACAAAUGCCUAUUAAAGUCAAUUUGUUAUGCUGCUCUGAUAUAAUGACAUUAUCUGAAAUAUUUCUUGGGUAGAGAACAUUCAGUAUAACCCACCUGCAUGCCUGAUAUGUGCUCCCUUUAUUUCUUAAUCUGAACCUCUAUGAAUGAAUAUGAAUACAUCAUUAAUUUGUUUGCUGUAAUGCUAGACAUCAGAUUGACUGUUCUUUAUUCAUAGUUUUUAAUACUGAUAUUUGCUUUCAUUUUGCUGCCUUCAGGUUAUAGUGAAAGACAAUCAUUGAGAACUUGCAUAAUGAUGGAAAGGGAACAAAAUAAACUUAGCACAAAAAGUAAGGAAAUUUGUGUU